AGUUUUAGAGAAGAUGAGUUUCUUCAGUACCAUUUUUGGGUUUUUCGGUUUCGGAAUUGGAAUUUCAUUUGGCCUCGUCGCCGGCUAUUUUCUCUUCAUUUACUCUGAAUCCGCCGAUGUUAAGGAUCCUGAGAUCCAACCACUAGCGAAUCAAGACUCAGAAACUCUCCAACGAAUAAUUCCUGAGAUUCCACUUUGGAUUAAAAAUCCAGACUUCGAUCGGGUUGACUGGCUUAACAGGCUUAUCGAAUACAUGUGGCCCUAUCUUGACAAGGCAAUAUGCAAGACCGCAGAGGGCAUUGUGAAACCCAUGAUUGCAGAGCAGAUUCCCAACUAUAAAAUUGAUUCUGUAGAGUUUGAAGUGCUCACUCUCGGCAGCCUGCCCCCUACUUUUCAAGGGAUGAAAGUUUAUAUAACUGAUGAGAAGGAGUUAAUUAUGGAACCAAGUAUCAAAUGGGCUGGAAAUCCUAAUGUCACCGUCGCAGUUAAGGCAUUUGGCUUGAAACCAACCAUUCAAGUGGUGGAUUUGCAAGUUUUUCUUGCACCUCGUGUCACUUUGAAACCUUUGGUUCCAAGCUUUCCUUGUUUUGCCAACAUCUUUGUGUCUCUCAUGGAAAAGCCACAUGUUGACUUCGGACUAAAGCUUGUAGGGAUUGAUCUUAUGUCUAUUCCUGGUCUCUACAGGUUUGUUCAGGAGCUUAUCAAAGAUCAGGUUGCGAAUAUGUAUUUAUGGCCCAAAACCCUCGACGUUCAAAUCAUGGAUCCGGCAAAAGCAAUGAGGAGGGCUAUUGGAAUUUUAGUUGUAAAAGUAGUGAGAGCAAUGAAGCUAAAGAAGAAAGAUCUUCUUGGUGCAUCUGACCCUUAUGUGAAGAUAAAGCUUUCUGGGGACAAUAUGCCAGCGAAAAAGACAACGGUGAAGCACAAGAACUUGAACCCAGAAUGGAAUGAAGAAUUUAAUUUGCUAGUGAAGGAUCCAGAAACACAGACACUAGAGUUUGAAGUGUAUGACUGGGAGCAGGUCGGGAGGCAUGAUUUUAUGGGUACGAAUGUGGUGGCUCUGAAAGAGUUGAAAGAGGAAGAAACAAAGGUUGUAACACUGGAUCUGCUGAAGAACAUGGAUUCGAAUGAUGCGGCAAAUGACAAGUCCCGAGGUCAGAUAGUUAUGGAAUUAACAUAUAAGGCUUUCAAGGAGGAAGAGAUGGGGAAAGGGUUUGAAGAGACAGAGAUGAUGAUGAUGGAUAAAGCUCCAGAAGGGACUCCUCCAGGUGGAGGAUUGCUUGUAGUUGUAGUCCAUGAGGCACAAGACGUGGAAGGAAAGUACCACACGAAUCCACAAGUACGCCUCAUUUUCAGGGGAGAGGAGAGGAAAACCAAACACGUGAAGAAGAACAGAGACCCACGGUGGGAAGAGGAGUUCCAGUUUGUGGUGGAGGAGCCUCCCACUAACGACAAAUUACAUGUGGAGGUUGUUAGCACUUCUUCCCGUAAUUUGCUUCGUCAGAAGGAGUCUCUCGGUUACGCUGACAUCUCUCUUGCUGAUGUUGUUACUAACAAGAGAAUCAAUGAGAGAUAUCAUCUCAUAGAUUCCAAGAAUGGUCGCCUUCAGAUUGAGCUCAUGUGGAGACCUUCUCAGCCCGCCACUUGA